ACCGCCGCCGCCAUUUAUAUUUCACCGCCAUUUUACAUCAACCCAGCAGAGAUUAGGUUGCGAAGAUGACGGCCCAAAUGGAAAAUCAACUGUGCAAACUGUUUGUCGGUGGCCUCAACGUCCAGACCACCGACGAUGGGCUGCGAAAUCAUUUCGAGCAAUACGGAACUCUCACGGAUUGCGUGGUUGUACAGAACCAGCAGCUAAAGCGCUCGCGUUGUUUCGGUUUCGUGACCUACUCGAGCCCCGAGGAGGCGGACUCGGCCAUGGCGGCCCGACCGCACAUUCUGGAUGGCAACAACGUCGAGCUGAAGCGGGCCGUGGCCCGGGAAGACGCGGGCAAACCCGAGGCCCUCGCGAAGGUGAAGAAGAUAUUCAUCGGCGGGCUUAAAGACGAUAUCGAAGAGGAUCACCUCCGCGACUGCUUCUCCCAGUUCGGCGCGGUGGAGAAGGCGGAGGUGAUCACGGACAAAGAGACCGGCAAGAAGCGGGGCUUCGGCUUCGUGUAUUUUGAGGACAACGACUCGGCCGAUAAAGCCGUGGUGCUGAAGUACCACGUUAUUAACGGGCAUAAAGUGGAGGUGAAGAAAGCCCUGACCAAGCAGGAGAUGCAGGCCGCCGGUAGUCGCGGUGGCCGUGGUGGCCGCGGCGGAAGGGGGAUGGGAAGACCGCAGAACGGCUACGGCGGGCGCGGCAGCGGAUACGGUAACUACGGCGGCGGCGGCGGCGGCUAUGGAGGCAAUGACGGCUACAGCGGAGGCUACGGAGGCGGAUACGGUGGCGGGUAUGGGGGAGGCUACGGGGACCAAAUGGAGGGCUACGGCGGUGGUAACGGCUACAAUGACUUUGGCAGCGGCUAUGGCCAGCAGUCCUCUGGCUAUGGCCCAAUGAAAGGUAAUUACUCGGGCAGAAGCAACGCUCCUUACUCCCGAGGAGGUGGUGGUGGUGGUUACGGCAGGGGGGGUUACGGAGGCUCGUAUUAGGAGCGUAUAUUAGGUCACAAAUUAAGAGCAGCUCCUUCCCCAGCCCACAUCACAGUUUUGACCACACAUUAUCUUCAGCUAAGUAGCCAGAUUGAGCCACCUUAAUGUGGCAUGGCAUUGACUGAAACACUCAAGCUCCAUUCAGGAGUUCACAACUUUAUCCAGCCUAGCAGAUCAUAGGUAGGGCUCACCUUUCCGACUUUACUCAACAUCUCACAGCUGUUACUGCUACUACUACACAUCCUUUUGCUCUCUUCCCUGAAGUACUAGGGAGUUUUUUUGUUUUUUUUCAGCAAGACAUAGGACUACUUCUCUGGAUCUCUACUUAUUAUAAGACUGGCCAGUGGUGUCCGGGGCAGGCUACCUGUUCGCGAAACUGUUACUCACGUUUUUUUUGUGCUUUGGGAUUAAGUUAAGGGUAGUAUUUUUGCUUGUUAAUUAGUGUAGGCAUGUGUUUUUUCCUCCUUUUAGUAUAUGUAUUGUAUUUUUAUUGUGUGUUUUAUUUUCAAUACAUUUAUAGGGCUGCAAAACGAUUAAUCGCAUGCAAAAUAAGUUUGUUUACAUUGUGUACUGUGUAUAUUUAUUAUGUGUAUAUAUAAAUGCACACAUGCAUGUAUAUAUUAAGGAAAAUGUUAGAUUUAUAUAUAUAAAAUAUACUUUAUAAAAUAUAAAGUAUAAAUAUAUAUAUACACAAAUGUUUUUCAAAAUAUAUACAUAUGAGUGUGUAUUUAUAUAUCCAUAAUAAAUAUACAAAGUACACACACACAGUACGUAAACACACUUUUAUUUUGAAUGCCAUUAAUCGUUUUGUAGCCCUACAUUUAAAUCUGGUUUUGAUUGAGAGCCAAUCGCAGUGAACCCCUGUAGAGAUUUAAAAAUUCAUUGGCUGGCAGCAGGCAUGAUUUGCAUAUCACGUGAUCUGUUGUGUGCAACCGUACCUGAAGUAAAAAUCCCAUUCAUUUUCUUCAUAAGGAAAGACCUACUGUGAGCUAUGAGGUUAAUUGAUGUUAUACGUUUAUUGAAGCCGUCAGUGGGCAUUAUUUCAACUCAUUUUGCAAUUAUAUUGAAAUUAACCAUGAUUCUUCAAAUCAUCUUAAAUAAAACAUGUUAGCGCCGACCCAGUCCCAUGAAGCAUGACGCAUGAUAUGAUAAUUUGUAUAUAUUUGCUUAUUUCGCAAUAAACAAAUUUGUUUCUGUAUACACACUCCACACCUUUAAAUCAAUAGUUUAAUCUAUCAUUCGCAAUGCUUCUUGGGAUUGCAGUACUUUUACCUGUUUUGUUUCAAUUUUUUUUUUUUUUGCGCUUCAAAUCAAACGCAUAGCUGAUUGAAUUAAUUAUAACUCUAACUACUUGUUAAAAAUGAAUGGGAAAAAUACUCCAGAAAAUCAAGGCAGCUGAAAAAGUGGACUGGCACUGUUGAACUCAAUUUGCUGCAGAGUCUGCCGCCAACCAACGAAAGAUUGAACUUUUCUUUAAUUAGGCUCGAUGGCAACUAGAAGCUGUUCGUCCUAACAUAAGAAACGUGUUGGAAUAAACAGAAAUUUCUUUGGCGUCUCAAAAACGUAGCAAGUUAAAGAACUAGCUUCAGCCUCAAAUGUUCAGGCUCACUAAAACAGCCCUCAACAUCCAUUAAUAUAGUGACUAACGUGUGUCUCCUCCCAAUUAGUGUCAUUUGUUAAAUAGUUCAAGCACAUUAUGAAAAUAUUGUCAUUGGUGUUACAACGAACCUUUUCGUCGGGACUCUGAAGACCGAUUUGAGUUGUUUUUCUACCGUUUAAUCAUUUAGUAAAGGACUUAAAUGCUCUUGUCUCAUUGUAUUACUGCUUCAACGGAAUAACCUAUUGAAUAUUGUUUAUUUCAGAUACAACUGAACUGUAUGUAUUUCUGUUAAUAAAAGUCAUUAUUCCGUAGCCAUUAUGGUUUAUGGCCAGUUGAGAUUUAUUGGGUCGCAUAUGAGGCCCGUGUAGCGAUUCUGUCUUUUCAAUCUAGGUAAGACUAAUAUUGGAGGCCACCCUUUGCCAUUUAUCAGGCAUUGGCUCUAGUGCUCCAUAUUAAUGACAUUUCUUUGCAUCAGACAUGUGGGGAUGUCAAUAUUUUCCCAACCAUAUGUUGUCUUUAUUCUUAAAAUAUGUUUAGAGCUUUGUUCCAAUACUUUUAGUGAUCAAAUAAGACGGAUCUAUACCUUAGCUGUGUCCACUACUACGUCAUUGGAUUCUCCAGGGCUACUCCAGAGAUGUAGAAACCCAGCUGAAAAUCCAUAGGAUAAACGCACCAGGUUUCCAGGUUUGUAGAAAUGCUUUAUACACCAGACAUUACAUCGGGUGUGUCUUUAACAUACUUCGGAUCCACCUGGAACGAAAUCAGGUAUUUGUGAGUCGUUAACGUAAAGUAAAGCGUGCAUGCAACUUUAUUUCAGCAUUGCCUAAAUUCUAGCUGUGAAUAGCGUUAACUGGCGGUGACCAUGUAACAUAGAGGAAAAGUGGAAAUUAGAACAUGCUCUGUAGUUCAAUGUGUGUGCCGCUGUGGUGAUUGUGGUCUAUGUAGUUAUGUCUUAAUCCAAUAUUUUAGCCGAUUUUCAGUUUAAGGUCAAACCGGAGAACGGAGCUUAUAGUUCCUGUAUACUUGAUGCAUUAGUUCCAGAUAUUAAUGACAUCAAAUGCAAAGGAGAUCAGCAUAUAUUAAGCAAGGUUUGUGCUUUCAGUUAUUUACUUAACAUCUUAUCAAUCCCCCUCCCCUCCUCAUCUCGGUGUUUUGCUCGUGUUUUGUCCUACAUUUCUGGCAGUCUAAGAGGACAGUGGAUUUUGUUGAUAAUUGAGUGAGACUAGUGAAGAUGCAACUGUACAACCUCUUGGCAUUGGCCUUUUCAAAAGUGCUGUCAUUUUCAAAGCACACCUCCUACAUAGACCCUUCUUAAAGGCACAGUGUGUAAAUCUGAAGGGGUUGUGUAGCUAGACAUGUUUCAGGACACCGCUUGUUGACUUGACGCUUACAUGCAUCUGCAUCUGUCUUCUUUUUCCACAGAGAGAACGCAAUGGAAGGAUUUAAAUAAAAUCUCACUUCUAAGCGCGGCCGCUUGAUGAACCUCUGCUGCGGCUGUGAAUCCAGUUGCUCUGAAAGAUGAAGAAAGAACUCCAGUGAGUUUGAGUUUGCAUAUGAACGCAUGUGCCAGAUUCCUGUGGACCUCCGAGAGGCAGGAUACCCAUGACCUGGUGCCAAGAUGAUGCCAUGAUAAUGGUACGUGGAGGGCGCCUGCAUUCGGUUCCUUUGACUGGAGUUGAAUCAAAUGCAUAAUGGAAAAGCGCACAUUGUACUUGUGCACAUGAACAAGAAUAAACAUGGCAUUGAAUGUCUGAUGAAUUUAAAUAAAAGAAAUUAACUGGAUAA